AUGCCCGCCGCAGGCUCUCCUGUCGCUGAAACGAUGCCGGCGGAGAGAGAGCGUAGGUUUUCGCGCUUGACGGCUCUCUUGCGGCGUCCGUCGUCCUCGUCCGCCAAGAACGCCUCCGUCGACUCCACCACUUCGACUUCGACUUCUUCGACGACGCCGACAACUUCGCCCAUCACCCAUAUCAACAGCGCCAGCACCGAGAAGAGCGACACUGCCAGUCCGAAGGAGACCCCCAAGACGCCCUGGCACUCCUUCGCCACGCCUUAUACCCCGAAUUCUGCUCCGACUCCGACUUCAACGGCUACUGCUACUGCUACGGCUUCUGCUGCUACGACUAUAAAAGCACGGCGGACUGCCCUCAAGUCGCCAGAAGAAGCAGAUGGACCCGCGCUGAAGGGCCAGAAAUUGGGCGCCGAGUCGUGGCCCAACCGAGCUCUCUCGCUGUCCAAUCCGUCGCGAACCCAUACUCCCACUCCCCAGGCCACCGCUACGGCUCUACGCUCUGCCUCCGCCACUCCUCGACAGACGCUCCCCGUCCCUCUCCCGCUCAUCGAGACGCCCGGUCCGGCCUCGAAUCUGCCUCUGGCGCGCGCGAGGGUCGUCAGCGUUGACGGCGGAAAGGACGCUGCGGCUCUCAGACGGUUCGAGGACUAUACCUUUGCCUCGUCCGCGGGCCAGGACCCGGCCCAGUUCCAGAACCGCGCCCAACGGCAGCCCGUCUCCAGGGGAAGCGUGGUGCACUCUACCCGGCAGCUGAACGCUCUCGACGAGUCCCGCCAGAGCCUCCCUGCCUCCGCCUGCACCACCCCAGUACCGGGCAGAGUACCUCAGAAUAUCGACCCGAAGGCCCCUCGCCGCCCUACGCUUGCCGUCAGGCGUCAGUCUCUCGUCCCCGCCUCGCAGCAGAGGCUGAUCAACACCCUCCUCGAUCCGCCAUACCCAAACGGCAACGGGGCCGACUACUUUGCCCGUGGAACGCCUACCAUCCGGUUCGACAUGAUCAACCGAAAGGUAUGGGUCAAGCGGCCCGGCUCGUCGCCUACGCUCGUCCUGGUCACGGAGGAAGACCUUGUUGACGACCUGCGAGAUGCCAUCCUCAAGAAAUACGCCAAUUCCCUGGGCCGGACCAUCGACUCGCCCGAUAUCACCAUCAGACUCGUCCAGCGAGAACCGUCCAGCAGACACGGCCACCAGGAACGUGUAUUGGGGCCAGAGGAACCCCUCGCCCGGACACUCGAUCAUUUCUACCCGGGAGGACAGACUAUAGACGAAGCACUCAUCAUCGAAGUCCCUACUCGACGCACCCCGAAGCCUUCCCCGCUUACUCCUUAUACUCACCCGGACGAUCCCCGUGCCGAACCAGGCGAAUACUUUCCACCGAUGCAUAUGAUCACGAAUUCUGCUUCGUUAAAGGAUAACAUGAAAGCACCACAUCAGCCGUCAAUGGCGGUUCUCACCACCGGCCAGCUGCCCGCUCUUCCGUCUCCGGGGAACCGAGGGUCAUGGCCACAGCCUCCGCAUCGAGGUAGCUAUCCACACAAUAAUUCCCAGGGUGCCCCGGCUUCUCUACCAUCACCCUCUACCAAUGAUUCGGUGAAUCCUCCAACCAACGGGGUUGCCACAGCGUCCUCUCCUCCCUCAACCACCACCCCUCCUGCUCUCUCCGAACCAGCUUCUAAAUCAGCCGUCUCACCCCCAUCUCGCGUCUCCUCUCCCCGCCCCACUCAGGUUCUUCGGAAGUUGAACAAGAAUAGCAGCACGAACUCCGACUCGCUACCGACCUCCCUACUCGACGGUGCAAUACCGCCGAUCAACGUCCUCAUUGUCGAAGACAACACCAUCAACCUAAAACUCCUAGAAGCCUUCAUGAAACGCCUCAAAGUACGCUGGCAAACUGCCAUGAACGGUCGUGAGGCCGUGAACAAAUGGCGAGAAGGCGGUUUUCAUCUCGUCUUGAUGGAUAUCCAAUUACCCGUCAUGAACGGUUUGGAAGCCACGCGAGAGAUCCGACGACUAGAACGGGUGAAUAAUAUCGGUGUAUUCCAGAGAUCGGUCUCUGGUCCAUCUUAUUCUGCAACCAUGGUUGGCUCGCCACCUGCUUCGCCCGCUCUUUCAGAGACACCGGUUGCACAACCGGCCGUGCAAGAAGAGGUUAAGCCCGAAGACAUGCUGAACAAGGAGAACCAAUUCAAGAGCCCCGUCAUCAUCGUGGCGUUGACAGCGAGCAGUUUGCAAAGUGACAGACACGAAGCAUUGGCUGCAGGUUGCAACGACUUUUUGACCAAGCCGGUAAACAUCGUCUGGCUGGAACAGAAAGUCACCGAAUGGGGCUGCAUGCAGGCCCUAAUUGACUUCGAAGGCUGGAGGAAAUGGCGCGGCUUCAACGACCUAUCUAACGUCUCCAACAGCGCCAAUGGCAAGCCCAAAGGAAACCCCAACUCAGGCUUCGUAGCUGCAGAUCUCACGCCUCGAAAACCCCACGCCGUCAAACCAGUACCAGGCAAAGCGAGCAGUGGGAAUAUACAGCCCAAACCCUUACCAGCCGCCACGGCAGCCGCGGCAGGCGUGUACGGUGAGGGCGCUGAAGCCGGUGCCGACGACUCAUCGUCGACAGUCAACUCUACGAAAACGGUCGUUCUAAGCACAGAGUCGAGUCUCACUGGCUCCGGUAUGGGAGCUGGCCCGUCGCCUGUAGCAUCGAGGAGAUUCCCCGUAGCUACCAAGGCGAUGACGUCGAAUGGGAAUGCAAACGGCAACGGCAACGCAAACCCGCAGGCUUGGAAGAAUGCUCAUCGAAACAGUGUGCCUACAGUGGGACAUAAUAUGUCUUAA